UGCACCACAAUGAUCCGAACACUGGUUUCUCUGAAUCUUCUUGGUACUCUGUUCCUGGUUCAAACCCUGGAGGUUCCCCACCCGAUGCCUUUGGUUGUGGUUCGUCUUGGUGAUAAUGUUACUCUGUCAUGUCCAUUGCCACAGGGGGAAGUCAGAUUCGUUUUCUGGUAUAAGCAAUCUGUUGGACGUAUGGUCCAAACAGUUGCAGUACAAAGUCUAGACAGUGCAACAUUUCAUGAACAGUUUAAUAAUACGCGUUUCUCUGUUCGAAAAAGUGUUUCUGAGUUUAAUCUGAUCAUCAGAAAUGUAAUCAGAGAAGAUGAAGCAACAUACUUCUGUCAAGGAGGAACAGCAUAUAAAAUGUUCAACCUUAAUGGAACAUAUUUGCGUGUGAAUGAUUACAACCAGCAGAAGUCUGUCCUCCUGACACAGUGGCCGGAGACUGAGUCCGUCCAGCUGGGAGAAGCAGUGACUCUCCAAUGUUCGGUUGUCUUCGAGAACAAAGAGAGGAGCAGCUGGUGUUCAGGUGAACACAGUGUGUACUGGUUCAGAGCCGGAUCAGGAGAAUCCCAUCCAGGCGUCAUUCACAGUCGUGGGAACAGAAGUCAUGAAUGUCAGGAGAGUCCUUCUCGUCAACGGAGCUGUGUUUACACACUCUCCAAAAGUGUAACCAGCUCCUCUGAUGCUGGGACUUACUACUGUGCUGUCGCCACAUGUGGGGAGAUGCUGUUUGGAAGUGGUACAAAAGUGGACACAAGAUCAGAAUUGUUUCCAGUUGAUAUUGUGCUUGGGACCCUACUGGCUUGCUCCAGCAUUGUAAUCGUCGUCCUUAUUUUCUCCAGAAAUCGAAGGCGAAUUUGCCAACACUGCAAAGGAACAGUGACUGCUACAGACCAUCUUGGACUUGAAAAAUCAACUAUGCAUCACCCCAGUGAUCUGAAUACUGAAGCACAGGAACUGAAUUAUGCAGCGUUGAAUUUCUCCUCAAGGAAAGCUAAAAGAGGACAGAAGAAGAGAGAGUUGCCAACGGAGAGCAUUUACUCUGCUGUGAGAACAGACGAGUAAGGCUCUUCGUCGACUGUCACACCUAA